UUUCAAAUAUUGGCUAUUGUGGUAUUUGUAGUUUGUGUGGUAUGCAGUGCUACGGUUUUAUCGGUCUUAAGCACACCAUUACCCACAAUGCUGCACUCUUCCUCACGCUCAGUGGGCGGAGCUCGAAGGGAAACAUGGCAGCGGGCGUCUUAACUGGAGUAAGGCAGGUUCUCCGGGGCCCUCGGUUGGUCUCUGCUGUGUUCUCAUGUCACGGACAGACGUUCAGCUCCGCUGCAGCAGCGCCAGACACCGCUGCUGCAGAGAAGAUCCUGAACUUCCCACUCACUCAACCCGACUACUUCCGAUUGUCUGAGCUCUUCACCUUGAAGGACUUGUUUGAAGCCCGUGUCCAUCUUGGACAUAAGAAAGGCUGCCGGCAUAGGCUGAUGGAACCGUAUCUGUUUGGUUCUCGUCUGGAUACAGACAUCAUUGAUCUGGAGCAGACAGCAGAACACCUGCAGCGGGCGCUGAACUUCACGGCUCACGUGGCGUACCGCGGCGGCAUCAUCCUGUUCGUCAGCCGCAGGCGGCAGUUCGGUCACCUGAUAGAGACGACGGCACGGGAGUGCGGCGAAUACGCUCACACACGCUACUGGAAGGGCGGUCUGCUCACCAACGCCUCCAUACAGUACAGCCCCGGCGUCCGGCUGCCGGACCUCAUCCUGUUCUUCUCCACGCUCAAUAAUGUCUUCCAGCAGCACGUCGGCAUCCGGGACGCAGCCAAAAUGAAUAUUCCCACGGUGGGGAUUGUGGACUCUAACUGUAACCCCAGCCUCAUCACGUACCCAGUGCCCGGCAACGAUGACACUCCUGUUGCCAUGGAGAUGUACUGCCGGCUAUUUAAAAUGACCAUUAACAGAGCAAAGGACAAGAGGAGACAGAUGGAGCUUCUCAAGGGGAUUUCAGCCUCAGUAUGAAGAGAGUCAACAAGCUUCAACAUCUCUAUCAGAGUUUGUGCGGAUGUGGAUGUUGUCCUCGCAUAGAAAGCUCAAUACAAAUAUGAGUACAAAAAGUAAAAAUUCAGUUAUAUUAAUGUAUUAUUUUGAUUAAAGUUUAGUACCUAAAAACUUACAACAUGUGACCAUCCUAGAAUUAUGGAAGCGGUUUCCGCCACAGAAUAAAAAAGGUAAUUGCAACUAA